AUGUUAUCAAGAGUUGGUUUACCUACUAAGACGUAUGCUCGUCUACUUAGUACGUCUGCUCGUGAAAUUGCAUUUGCUUUCGAUAUAGAUGGUGUACUAUUGAGAGGAACAAAACCCAUUUCUAAAGCUGGCGAUGCUUUAAGAUUACUAAACAAGAACAAAAUUCCAUAUAUCUUGUUAACUAAUGGAGGUGGUGUCUUAGAAUCACAAAGAGUUGAUUUUAUCUCAAAGGCUCUCGACGUUGAGAUUUCUCCGUUACAGAUAGUACAGAGUCAUACACCAUAUAAGACAUUAGUGAACAAAUACGAGAAAAUUCUGGCGGUAGGUACAUAUUCAGUAAAGGAUGUAGCUAAAAAGUACGGAUUCAAGAACGUCGUACAUCCAAUUGAUAUUAUUAAAUACAAUAGAAGUAUUACACCAUUUUCUGGGGUGACUUCUGCUGAAUUAGAUCAAUUUUCUAACGAAAUUAAGGAUUUGACGACCAAACCAUUUGAUGCAGUAUUAGUAUUCAAUGACCCACAUGAUUGGGCUGCUGAUCUUCAAAUUAUCUCGGACGUAAUUAAUAGUGAUAGGGGCAUAUUAAACACUUUAAGAACUGAAAAGGAAUGGCAACCAUCUGUGCCAAUAUAUUUCUCAAAUAAUGAUCUUCUAUGGGCCAACCAAUAUAACUUAAAUAGAUUUGGUCAAGGUGCUUUCAGAUAUUUGGUUAGAACUUUAUAUACUCAAAUGAAUAAUGGUUUGCCUUUGAGGGAUUUUAUUAUUGGUAAACCAACAAGUAUCACAUACGAUUUUGCACAUACUGUCUUAAUUGACUGGAGAAAAAAAUUAUUGAAUGGUGAAACUAAUUCAACAGUACAAGUUUUGCCAAAUCUUGGAUAUAAACCCGAAGAGUCACCAUUCUCGAAGGUAUUUAUGGUAGGUGACAACCCAGCUAGUGAUAUCAUUGGUGCAGAAAAGAACGGUUGGGAAAGUUGUUUAGUGAAGACUGGUGUUUAUCGUGAUGGGGAUGUUUUGGAUAAAUGCACACCAACAAUGAUUGUAGACGACGUUUAUACUGCAGUAACUAAAGUGUUAAAUGAAAAUUAA